AGACGUGGGGCGACGGGCAUGCGCAGUGCGGAGAAGUGUGGACGGGAGCAAUGGCUGGCAGUGUAUGCGGUAGAAGGCUGUGAAAUCAGCGUUGUUAUCUAUUCAUUGUAGCAGCCGCACUUCUUACAUCAUGACUGCUAAUGAGGACCAAGAGAUGGAGCUGGAAGCUCUUCGAUCUAUCUAUGAAGGUGAUGAAAGUUUUAAGGAGAUUGGGCCCACCAGCUUCCAGUAUCGGGUUGGUGAUGUGGGGGACUCGAAGGCUUUUCUGAUUGACAUAUCCUGGCCAGAACACUAUCCAGAAACUGCACCAAAUAUAUCCAUGAAUGCAUUUUUUAACAAUCAGAUUUCCCCACAGGUCAAACAGAGCAUCGCAAACAAGUUACUAAACCAGGUGGAAGCCAACCUUGGUACAGCCAUGACUUAUACAUUAUUUGAGUAUGCCAAAGACAAUAAAGAGGAGUUAAUGGAACAUCACCAGCGGUUCAACAACACUAUAACAUUGGCAGGAAGUGAUUGCACCUUAGAACCAACAAACAUAACUGCAGCUAGUAAGAAAAAAGACAAAAAGGAGCAGUUGACAAAAGCACAGAAGCGCAAACUAGCAGACAAAACAGAUCAUAAAGGUGAACUACCCCGGGGAUGGAACUGGGUUGAUGUUGUUAAGCAUCUCGCUAAGACUGGAUCCCAUGAAGAUGAAUAAAAAACAAGAAGAACAUUUUAGUGCUUCAAAACAUGGUUACUGUUCAUCUUCCUAUAUAUUUUUAUUUUACUGAAGUAAUUUAUUAAGAGGCUGCAUUUUAUAAGUGAAGCCCCUUUUUGUAGGCUUCCUGUUUAAUAAAGGAUGCUGUGUUUGUUGUACAUUCA